UUGCGACGUUCCACAAUCUGACCACCUUCACUCACUCGUACUUACACAAGUACACUCACCUACGAUUGACCUGUAACGAUUGCCAGGGACAACAUGUCGGAAACUGUUAUACGAGAAGUCGUUAAAGACGUCUGGAUUUUCUCUCGUCCUUUUGCACGCUUUGGUAUAUUUCCAGUUGGUGGAAGGUCUACGGCCGUGAAGAUGCGAAACGGCAAUCUUUGGGUCCUGGCUUCGACACCGUUGGAUACUGAGACCAAGGCAAAAUUGGAAGAACUCGGGCCUGUGAAGUUUAUCAUUGGCGCGGAUGCUGUUCAUCACUUGUUCCUCAGUGAUUUUAAGAAAGCCUACCCUGAAGCCAAAAUUAUUGCCCCGAAGGCCGCAAUAGAAAGAGUCCAAGAUAAGACCUUGAAAUUUGACGGUGCAUGGGGCUCCGAUCCAGAAGAUGCUCGAUACGGCUUUGAAGAAGAUGUCCAGCACUGUUAUUUCUCUGGGUUUAGCAACAAGGACGUUGCGUUCUUUCAUCCUGCUUCAAAGACAAUGAUCCAAGCAGAUCUGCUUUUCAAUCUUCCUCCGACUGAACAGUACUCAAAGUCCAAAUCCUCGGGACACGUACCACUUGUAGGGAAUUUCGGCCCAUUUUCUUGGUUCCAUUCAAAGUUUGCCUCUGCAAUGGGCGAAGAUAAGGAGGCAAUGCAACGACAUGUGAAGACCGUCGCCAGUUGGGAUUUUGAGAGGAUUAUACCUUGUCAUGGAGACGUUAUCGAAGCUGGAGCUAAGGAUGCUUGGAGGGCUGCGUAUAAAGCUUACCUGAAUUAAGAUGCGGCUACAACGGAAGGAAAGUCUUCAACUACCUGUUUUAUGUAUUGGAUGGCUGUAUGGAAAUCGACACUAUUUUAUUCUUGGUCA